AACAGAUUACAAAACACAUUUCUCUGUGCUCAAGUAUGUCUUGUUUAAUGAGAUACAACAGAAGAUGUGUCGAUAAUAGGGGUAUUUGUAAUGUGUAAUUGGACUACAUUGUGAAUUAGCUGAAAGUACUUUUUCCAGUCGUGCCUGUCCUGGAAUCAGCAUUAUCAUUAUUAUUACCAUUAUUACUACGACAACUCUAUAAGCUGUUUACAUCUGUGGAGGAUAAUUUUAUCUUGAAACAAAAUUCAAAUGGAAAACGUAAAGUUGAUAAGUUGUUUUAAAGAGUUCGGUCUAGACCUGCUCUAUUUGAAAAGUGUCCUGAGAUAACUUCUGUUAUGAAUUGGCGUUAUACAAAUAAAAUUGAAUUGAAAGAAAGGAAAAAUGGUAAAUAAAUAAUUUUGUUCCUCUACUACUAAAGAUAAUCCGGCCAUAACAAAAUGUUGUAAAUAAAGACUGAAUUACUUAGAGGGCAAGUUUACGUUUCAAAUGGGCAAAUCAUUUCAAAUCAUCAUAUACAGUGCUUCCAGCUUUAGUCUGUGGAUUUAUCUGCUUAGUAACUUUGUCCAUGUUCCACUCUUAACUCUCAGACAAGAAAGCAAACCUGAACAUUCAAUGCACACAAGGUUUGCCUUUGCUUUUACAGGAAAUACAGGCUCCUGACAAUUCUGACAAAGUAACAGAGUCAGGAAGGCAUUUGAGUAAAACUGAAAUGAACUUUCUCAGCCCCUGACAAAAUUCAAGAGAGACCCCAGGUAUAACCCUGCAAGAAGGAAGUGAGAUCUUUCUCUGCACAAGUAUUAACAUCCGUAGUGCCACUGAGCUGACACUUUGACUUCAUGACCAUUUAAGGAUGAGAUGUAGACAUCUGAUCUUUUGUGGGGGUUGGGGGAAGGUGUCAGGCCUUUCUCUGCACAAUACUAACAUCUGUAUGGUUUGUAUUGAUCCUUCUACGUUUGAAGACUGCAGGUGCUGAUUUCUGCUUGGUUUUCACAGGCCAAACUGUUCCCUUCAACAUCCAGCUUGACCAGUCGUGAACUCUUGUAGAGCAGGGAGCCAUAAUGGCGACACUUAAAGAGAACCUCUUGAGAAUUCUAGAGAAAUUAAAAGAAGAAGAGUUAAAAAAAUUCAAGUGGUUCCUGGAGCAGGAUGAAGGUUUUUCAGGCAUCCCAGCGGCUCAGUUGGAAAAGGCAGAAAGGGAGACCACAGUGGAUUUAAUGGUACAAACACAUCAGGAACCUGGAGCUCUGAAGAUAACUUUGAAGAUUUUAGAAAAGAUCAGAAGAAAUGAUCUGGUGCAGCGUUUGCAAACCUCCAGCCCAGAACCAACAGACCCCAAGACACUUUCUUUUGGUGCUCAGAAAGAGGAGGAUGACAAAAAGAAGACCAAGUUAGAGCAGUUAGCAUCUACUGCUAAUCGUGUACUGAACCUUAACACACAUGACUCUGGUGAUCAGAAAAAAUAUGAAAAAGGGAAGGCUGACCUGAAGAGUGUCCAGCUGUUUGCAGUGGAUGUGACUCUGGAUCCUGAGACAGCACAUCCUCAUCUCAUCCUGUCUGGUGAUGAGAAACAAGUACAUCAUGGUGAUGUGAGGCAGAGGCUCCCAUACAACCCUAAGAGGUUUAAAAGUUGUGUUAAUAUCUUAGGAAAGCAGAGUUUGUCCUCAGGAAGAUUUUACUUUGAGGUUCAGGUUAAAGGGAAGACUGACUGGACUGUAGGAGUGGUCACAGAAUCGAUUGACAGGAAAGAAGAUAUUACUCUGAGUCCUGAGGAUGGCUUCUGGACUGUAUGGUUGAGAGAUGGAAAUAAGUAUGAUGCUAAUGAUGAAAACCCUGUCUGCCUUUCUUUGAAGUCUCAGCUUCAGAAGGUGGGAGUGUUUGUAGAUUAUGAGAAGGGUCUGGUCUCCUUUUAUGAUGUAGAUACUGCAGAUCAGCUGUACUCCUUUACAGACUGCUCCUUCACUGAGAAACUCUACCCAUUCUUCAGUCCCUGUACUAAUGAUGGUGGUAGAAACUCUGCCCCUCUGAUCAUCUGUCCAGUCAAACCCCCACUGAACAUUGAGACACUUGACUUUGGUGGUAAGAAAGAAUAUGAAACAAAGAAGGCUGAGCUGAAGAGUGUCCAGCAGUUUGCAGUAGAUGUGACUCUGGAUCCUGAUACAGCACAUCCUGCUCUCUUCCUGUCUGAUGAUGGGAAACAAGUACAUGAUGGUGAUGUAUGGAAGAAACUCCAAUACAAUUCUAAGAGGUUUAAGAAAUGUGUUAAUGUAUUAGGAAAGCAGAGUUUCUCCUCAGGAAGAUUUUACUUUGAGGUUCAGGUUAAAGGGAAGACUGCCUGGACUGUAGGAGUGGCCACAGAAUCGAUUGACAGGAAAGAAGAUAUUACUCUGAGUCCUGAGGAUGGCUUCUGGACUGUAUGGUUGAGAGAUGGAAAUAAGUAUGAUGCUAAUGAUGAAAACCCUGUCUGCCUUUCUUUGAAGUCUCAGCUUCAGAGGGUGGGAGUGUUUGUAGAUUAUGAGAAGGGUCUGGUCUCCUUUUAUGAUGUAGAUACUGCAGAUCAGCUGUACUCCUUUACAGACUGCUCCUUCACUGAGAAACUCUACCCAUUCUUCAGUCCCUGUACUAAUGAUGGUGGUAGAAACUCUGCCCCUCUGAUUAUCUGUCCUAUCAAUCACAACAAUUAAUCAUAAGACUGCUGCUACUAAGUUUGAAGAAGUAAAGGUUAAAGUUGGCCAGAGUGUAGCAGCAAAUUAUAUUUAUGGCACCAAGCCUAAAGUAAUGUACCAAUGAGAAUAAUAAAUGUCUAUAGUGUCUGAAGUUAAAGUACUCAGUAAAGGUUUUAACCACUUGUGUUUAUAUUCUGCUGAUUGUCAUUUCUAUCAAAUGAAAAGGGGUCCAUGCGGUAUAACCCCUGGACGUUGAACAAUUCCACUGAUGAACAGUUGGUGGCAGUAGUGCACUAGAACAAUUUAAACCUAAAGGAUCAUUCAGAUUAUAUAAUGUUUAAGGCUUUUACCUAAUCAAGAGCCCACUCAUUUAGGAAAAUUAAGUCUGUCAUCAAUCACAAGAAAAAAGCGUAAGAUUUCAUUUAAGGAUCACAAUACAACCAAUAUUAGGUCAGUCAAGAACAACAGUUGAGAUUAUUUGAUGGGUUGAUGACUUGUAUUGCCAUCUUUGUAAAUAACUUAUGCUUUAACUUUUUUUAAAGUUUGUACAUAUGAGGACAUUUUGAUUUAAAUUGUGUUAGAGACAAGAUAAUUGACAUUUUACAAGUGUGCCCUUUCACUUAUUUCUUUUCACAGUAUUUCUAGUAUAAUCACUGUAAUUGUAAUAGAACAGUAUUGUCAUUUUCGAUUAUUCACUGAGCUUUAUAAGCAGAAAAAAUACUUGAUUUCAUGAAAUGGUUGUCAAUAAGAUUUUGAACAAACUACAAAUAAAGACUUUUAGAAGCUUUUCUUUUUAAAA